AUGCUGAGCAAGCGCAACGAUUCUUCGAUGACCCGUGAAGAGGAUGAUGGCCGUAAUGUCAAGCUUCGCUUUGACAUGAGCAACUAUAAGCCCGAAGAGGUCACCGUUCACGCCCACGACAAUCACCUUCGCAUCAACGCCAAACACGAGGAAAACGAUCCGAACCACUACAUCUAUCGUGAAUCGAAACAGGAAUACCAUUUUCCUCGUGGCACUCAUAUGGACAAUGUGAAUGCAAAUAUUGGCUCAGACGGAACUCUCACCGUUGAGGCAUCUCGUGACCGUCAAGAUGCUCUCGGUUAU